GUCUCAGAAGCACACUGCCCUCCCAGGGUCUCCUCGGGCUCCUGGUCUGAAUACCCACCUGACCUCUCAACAUUGAGGUGCCUCUCACUCUUCUACACACAAUAGAAAAGAGGGUCAUACACCUGCAGUACAUUUUCUCUAAUUCAGAAUUGCCUCAAUACAUUCUUAGGAAUGAAACAACUGGGACAAAGAAACUACCAUUAGAGUCACUACCAAGAAGAAGAACACUUCCCAGGAUCUGUGGAACAUCUUGAAGCUCUCAAUCUUAGCCUCCUCUUGUCUUAACUAAAGCCUCUUGUCUUUUCACCCAUAAGGUUCUCAGCCUUGGCUCUGGGCCUAUUUGGCAUGGGAACAUAGGGGACAUAGGCAACCAAGGUCCUCAUUUCCCUUGGAAACCCCUACUCCAAACAGGAGGCACCAAGGCUGAGAAGAAGAAUCCUCGGUUCAGUGGUUGCUGAACCUGCAGCAUUCCCAGUGCAGCAAAAUCCCUCCAGCCAUGGGCAGGGCAGCGGGCAGCACUUGGAGCAGCUUCUUGAAGCGAUGAAAGAGGCCCAACCUGGAAAUUUACUGUUUCAUUUAUAUUUAUUAUUUGUUCUUGAGACAGGCUCUCGCUCUGUCACCUAGACUAGAGUACAGUAGCAUGAUCACUGCUCACGGCAAUUUUGACCUCUGGGGCUCAAGGGAUCCUCCCACCUCAGCCUCCCAAGAAGUUUUCAUUUUUAUUUUUUUUUUGUGGAGCAGAGAUCUCCCUAUGUUGUCACCAUCUUUUCUCUUUACCCAUAACAAAACAGAUGCUCACCCAUGUGGAGGGGUGUAUCAGUUAUCUUUGCACAACAAACCACACUAAUAAGUUGCUUGAAAAGGUAAAAUCCAAGGCUGGCACAGUGGCUUGUGGCUGUAAUCCCAGCACGUUGAGAGCCCAAGGCAGGCAGAUCACUUGAGCUCAAGAGUUUGAGACCAGCCUGGGCAACAUGGUGAAACCCCGUCUCUACCAAAAAUACAAAAAAUUAAUCUGCGUGUGGUGGCACAUACCUGUGGUCCCAGCUACUCUGGAGGCUGAGGUGGGAGGAUCGCCUGGGCCCCGGAAACAGAGGUUGCAGUGGGCUAUCAUGCCAUUACACUCUAGCCUGGGUGACACAGUCAGACCCCAUCUCAAAAAAAAAAAAAAAAAAUCCUUCUUAUUGAUCAAAAGAUUUGAUAUAAUUCCUGUUACUCCCAGCUGACUUUUUCUUAAUACUGAAAUUGACAUAUGACUAAAGCUCAUAUGGAAAUUCAAGGGACCCGGGAGAACCAAAACAGUCUUGAAAAACACAUAGUUGGAGGACUCACACUUUCUGAUUUCAAAACUUACUACAAAGCUACAAUAAUAAAGACAAUGGUUCUGGUAUAAGAAUAGAGCAACUGAACAGAACUGAGAGUCCAGAAAUAAAUACUGAUUUUAGAGUUGAGUGACAACUCAAUAGGAACUGUUCAAUAGGGAAAAGAAUCAUCUUCACUAACAUCCAGAUGUCCUCCUGUGAAAGAGUGAAGUUGGACCCCUUCCCCAUACCAUAAACAAAAAAUUAACUCAAAUGAAUCACCAUCUAAAUGUAUAAGGUAAACUAUAAAACUCUUAGAAGAAAAUACUUAAGUGUGACUUUGGAUUAGGCAGCAGUUUCUUAGAUGUUGACACCAAAAGCACACGUGGCAAAAGAAAAAGUCAAUGCCAUCAAAGUUUAAAGUGUUUGUGCUUCAGGGAACACUAUCAAGAAAGUGAAAAGACAACCCACAGAAUGGGAUAGUAUUUUGCAAAUCACAUAUCUGUUAAGGAUCUUGUAGCUAGAAUAGAUACAGGACUCUUACAGCUUAAUAAAAGAAAACCCACCUGGGUGCACUGGCUCACGCCUGUAAUCCCAGCACUUUGGGAGGCCAGGCGGACGGAUCACUUAAGCCCAGGAGUUCAAGACCAGCUUGGGCAACAUGGCAAAACCCUGUCUCUAUAAAAAAUACCAAAAUAAUUAGUCGGGUAUGGUGGCGGGCACCUGUGGUCCCAGCCAAUCGAGAGGCAGAGGUGGGAGGAUCUCUUGGGCCCAGGAGUUAGAGGCUGCAGUGAGCCAAGAUCAGACCAUUGCACUCCAGCCUGGGCAACCGAGCAAGACCCUGCCUCAAAAAAAAAAAAAAAAAAAUCCCAAUUAAACAAUGGGCAAAUUAUUGGAAUAGACCUUUUUCCAGAGGUUAUAGGUGGUCAGUAACGACAUGGAAAGCGGCUCAAAAUCAGUACUUAUCAGGGAAAAGCAAAUCAAAACCCCUUCAAAUCUAAGCACUAGGAUCAUCAGAGUCAAUAAAAUACAGAAAAUAACAAGUGUUGAGGGUUUGGAGAAAUUGGAGACUUAGGACUCUGCCAUUGAGACUGUAAAACAGUGCAACCAUUUUGGAAAACAUUCUGGCAGUUUUUCAAAAGAUUAAGUAUUUAUAUGACCCAGAAAUUUCACUCCCUAGGUAUAUCUAGAAGAAAUGAGGCCAGGCGCAGUGUCUCACCUCUGUAAUCCCAGCACUUUGGGAGGCCGAGACGGGCAGAUCACCUGAGGUCAGGAGUUCAAGACCAGCCUGGCCAACAUGGUGAAACCGCAUCUCUACUAAAAACACAAAAAUUAGCCACGCAUGGUGGCACACUCUGUCUCAAAAAAAAAAAAAAAAAAAAAUCACCUGUCUCCAUAACAGGGACAAAAAAAUAAAAAUAAAAUAGGCUGGGUGCAGUGGCUUACGCCUGAAAUCCUAGCACUUUGGGAGGCCAAGGCAGGCUGAUUGCUUGAGCUCAGGGUUCAAGACUAGCCUCGGCAACAUGGCGAAACCCAGUCUCUACAAAAAAAUACAAAAAUUAGCUGGGCGUGGUGGCGAACGCUUAUAGUCCCAGCUAUUCAGGAGGCUAAGGUAGGAGAAUGGCUUGAGCCCGGGAGGUCCAGGGUGCAGUGAGCCAAGAUCACGACACUGCACUCCAGCCUGGGCGACAGAGUGAGAGCCUGUCUCAAAUAAAUAAAUAAAUUUAAUUUAAUAUAAAAAUUAAUUUUAAAAAAUCACCUAUGCUCGCUUCAGCAGCACAUAUCUAAAAUUAGAAUACAGAAAAGGUUGGCAUGGCCCCUGUGCAAAGAUGACGUGCAAAUUCGUGAAAUAUUCCCUAUUUUUUGUUUUGUUUUUCAAGAUGGAGGCUCACUCUGUCACCCAAGCUGGAGUGCAGUGGCGUGAUCUAGGCUCACUGCAGUCUCCGCCUCCUGGGCUCAAGGGAUUCUCCUGCCUCAGCCUCCCGAGUAGCUGGGACCGUAGGCACCUGCCCCCACACCCAGCUAAUUUUUGUAUUUUUAGUAGAGACAGGGUUAGUAGAGCCACCGUACCCAGGCGAAAAUGAGAAUUGCUGUGAGUCUGUUCUCUCACCAUAUUGGUCAGGCUGGUGUCAAACUCCUGAUCUCAGGGGGUCUGCCUGCCUCGGCCUCCCAAAGUGCUGAGAUUACAGGCGUGAACCACCGCGCCUGGCCGACAUUUCCCAUAUUUUUUUAUUUGAUUUUUUUUUUAAUCACCUGUAUUGCCACCACUCAAAGAUAAAUGAUCACUUAAAAAAUCUGGAAGCCAGUCUCAGUAUUAUUCUUAUUUAAUUCAGGGAAAGAGACACAAAUAGGUCAAAAUAAUCUCCCAAAGAUUUUUUUUCUCAAGAAUAGAUCAUUUACUCCCAUAAACCAGAGAUUCCCGAAUGCUUUUUUGUCUAAGCACAUACUUAAAAUAUUUGCUCUGUACCUCUUCUCCCAAGAACAGAGUCUACGCAGAAUUGAUAUGGAAAUAUCUUAAUCCAGCUAUUAGUCCAGAGAUGGCUCACCCAUCCCGGCAAAAAUCUUAUUCACCUGAUUCUGAGACAGAGGGAAAAUGAAUGAUUUCACCAGGAUGUAGCAGUAAAUGGGAUCUAAAGAAUAAAGGAAAGAAUUAAAGGGAUGCUCUUAUACUUUCCCCAUCUGGAAGGAAGUAGAGGAAAUGACCUGGCACUUCUUAAUCUGUUUUGAGAACUAUGGUUCCACUGAAAGGUGUACAUGUAUGCAACCCCACAGAACACCAGAAAAGUAUUUUGUAAAUACGCAAUGAAGAAAACUUAAAAAGAGACUGGAUGGAAUAUGUUUUCUUCCUAAUAAUAGAGAUUGGCAGUUUGACCCUCACUGAUGUAACAGAUAUUUUAAUGGGCAACAAUUACCUAGUGAAACAAGGAAGGUAGAAUUGGGUUAUUUGCUGAAGCUUCUUGGUGGCCCUUGCUAGCCCAGGAAGAAACUUACAUUUUGAUUUUUUUGUACCAUGGCUUUGGUUCACAAAUUGCUGCCUGGUACUUAUAUUCUCAGAAAAUUCUCUAAGCCAACUUCUGCCUUGUAUCCAUUUUUGGGUAUUCGCUUUGCAGAGUAUUCCAGUAGUCUUCAGAAACCACUGGCUUCUCCUGGCAAAGCCUCCUCACAGAGGAACUGAAGGGGAUUUGCAAGGAGAUCACCAGAAAGAAGUUGCUUUGGAUAUAACUUCUCCUGAGGAGAAGCCUGAUGUUAGUUUCGAUAAAGCAAUUAGAGAUGAAGCAAUGUACAAUUUUAGGCAUUUGAAGGAUGAAAUUGUGGAUCAUUGGAGAGGACCGGAAGGCCGCCCUCUGCAUGAGGUCUUGCUGGAACAAGCCAAGGUUGUCUGGCAGUUCCGGGGGAUAAGUGGACAGUGACUUCUGAUAAGACGACUGGAGGCAGAAGUGAAGUGUUUUGGAAAAUGGGCAAGAAUAACCAAAGUGCACUGCUAUAUGGAACUCUGAGCUGUGAGGCGCCUCAGGACGGGGAUUCUACCUGAAGUGGGUACUGUGCAAUGAUAUCCAGGAUUCCAAGGGGUGCUUUUGAGAGGAAGAUGUCUUAUGAUUGGUCCCAGUUCAAUACUCUGUAUCUCCGUGUACAUGGGGAUGGUCGGCCUUGGAUGGUGAAUAUCAAGGAGGACAUAGAUUUCUUCCAGAGGAGGAAUCAGAUAUAUAGUUACUUCAUGUUUACCCGUGGGGGACCCUACUGGCAGGAGGUCAAGAAUUCAAUGCCAACAGUUCUUUUCUUUCAACACUUUAACCAUGUCACUCCAUGGGGACGCUGUCUUGAGCCUUUGGUAAGCCUCAUUCUCCAGGACCACACGGCAGGCGCAACAGCCCUAGGUCCACCCCACCCGGUAAGCUCCCUCCUGGAGGAGACAGAGAUCCAGGACAGCUCUGGGGCAAGGCCGAGGAAGGAGGGACGACGGAGCAGGGAGGCCCGAAGAGUCCCCGCCUUUUGGGAUAGUCGCCACCCUUGGACCCCCUCACCCUUGGGGACGUUGAGGAGUGUUAAAAUCUCCAAGACGCGAGUCACUGGUACGAAGCCACAGCCAUUUCGCAGCUUGUUCGGUGCAAGUGCAGAAGGUCCUAGUAGCCGAGCGUGGAGUCGAGCUAGUGGGCGGUGUUGGGCACCUUCGGCCGCGCCCUCAGCUGCACCCCCCGGUGGGCGGGGCCCGAGCCAGUCUUUAAAGCCACGCGGGCGCCGGCUCCGGGGCUGGUGCUUCCGACCGCUGCGCGCCGCUCCCGGGCUGUCGCAGUCUCCCGUUGCCUCCGUCAUGUCCCGGCAGCUGUCGUGGGCCCGGCCAGCCACGGUGCUGGGCGCCAUGGAGAUGGGGCGCCGCAUGGACGCGCCCACCAGCGCCGCAGUCACGCACGCCUUCCUGGAGCGCGGCCACACAGAGAUAGACACCGCCUUCGUGUACAGCGACGGCCAGUCCGAGACCAUCCUGGGCGGCCUGGGGCUCGGGCUGGGCGGCAACGACUGCAGAGUGAAAAUUGAUACCAAGGCCAUUCCACUGUUUGGGAACUCCCUGAAGCCUGACAGUCUCCGGUCCCAGCUGGAGACGUCACUGAAGCGGCUGCAGUGUCCCCGAGUGGACCUCUUCUACCUGCACAUGCCAGACCACAGCACCCCGGUGGAAGAGACACUGCAUGCCUGCCACCAGCUCCACCAGGAGGGCAAGUUCGUGGAGCUUGGCCUCUCCAACUAUGCCGCCUGGGAAGUGGCCGAGAUCUGUGCCCUCUGCAAGAGCAAUGGUUGGAUCCUGCCCACUGUGUACCAGGGCAUGUACAACGCCACCACCCGGCAGGUGGAAACGGAGCUCUUCCCCUGCCUCAGGCACUUUGGACUGAGGUUCUAUGCCUUCAACCCUCUGGCUGGGGGCCUGCUGACUGGCAAGUACAAGUAUGAGGACAAGGACGGGAAACAGCCCAUGGGCCGCUUCUUUGGGACUCAAUGGGCAGAGAUCUACAGGAAUCGCUUCUGGAAGGAGCACCACUUCGAGGGCAUUGCCCUGGUGGAGAAUGCCUUGCAGGCUGCGUAUGGCGCCAGCGCUCCCAGCAUGACCUCAGCCGCCCUCCGGUGGAUGUACCACCACUCACAGCUGCAGGGUGCCCAUGGGGACGCGGUCAUCCUGGGCAUGUCCAGCCUGGAGCAGCUGGAGCAGAACUUGGCAGCGGCAGAGGAAGGGCCCCUGGAGCCGGCCGUCGUGGAUGCCUUUAAUCAAGCCUGGCAUUUGUUUGCCCACGAAUGUCCCAACUACUUCCGCUAGGCUCAUCGUGGCUCAGGCUGCCCAAGGCUUUUCUGUCACCUCUUUUGCUCUCUCCUGCUUUGUCUAAUUUAGAACUGCCUCAGUAAAUUCUUAGGGAUGGAAGUAUUUGGACAAAAACCUAACAGUAGAGUCACCACCAAAUGAAGAACAAAACCUCCCAGGGUGCUGUGUGUUAGUCUGUUUGCGUUGCUAUAAAAGAAUACCUGAGACUGGGUCAUUUAUAAAGAAAGAGGUUUCUUUGGCUCAUGGUUCUGCAGUCUGUACAAGGGGGUGUGGUGCCGGCAUCUGCUCUUGGUGAGGGCCUCAGGAAGCUGACAAUCAUGGCAGAAGGGGAAACGGAGCCAGCGUGUCACAUGGUGAGAGAGGGAGCAACAGACAGGGGAGGAAAUUCACACACUGAUGGUGGGGAUGUAAAAUGGUACAACCACUUGGGAAAAUAGUUUGGCAGUUUCUCAAAGGAUUAAACAUAAAAUUACCAUAGGAUUCAGCAGUUCCACUUGUGGGCAUAUAGCCGAGAGAAAUGAAAACAUAUUUCCCCACAAAAAAACUUGGGCUUGAGUUUUCACAUUAUCAUUACUCACAAUAGCCAAUAAGUAAAAACAACCCAAAUGUCCAUGAAUGAAUGAAUGAAUGGGUAAACAAGAUGUGGUAUAUGCAUACAACAGACUAUUAUUCAGCCAUUAAAAAAAAAAAAGAGUGGCUCACACCUGUAAUCUCAGCACUUUGAGAGGCCAAGGCAGGAGGAUUGAUUGAAGACAGGAGUUCCAGACCAGUCUGGGAAACAAAGCGAGACCCUGUCUCCACUAAACAUAAAAAGAAAAUUACUGGGGCCCCGGGGCACACACCUGUAGUCCCAGCUGCUUGGGAAGCUGAGGCGGGCUGAUUGCUUGAGCUUAGGUAUUCAAGUCUGGAGUGAGCUAUGACUGUGCCACUGCACUCCAGCCUGGGCGACAGAACAAACCCUGUUUCCAAACAAACAAACAAACAGAAGUACUUAAACAUCUACAAUGUAAGUGCACCUUGAAGACAUGUUAAGCCACUUACAAAAGGUUUCAUAUUGUAUGAUUUUGUUUAUAUGAAAUGUACAAAAUAGGCAAAUCUAUUUGAGAGAUAGAAAGUAGAUGACUGCUUGCCUAGGACUGGGAGGAGGUUUGCAAGGAAAUGGAGAUUCACUGCUAAUGAGGACAGGGUUUCUGUUGGGGGUGCUUAUGAAGAUGCUCUGAAAUUGAUUGUGAUGGUUGUACAACUCUGAAUACAUGAAACAGCAUUAAAUCAUCACUUUAAGUAGGUCAA